AUGCAGAUCUUCGGGCGCCACCUGCUGCCCCCCGUGAGGUCGACCUCGACGUCCGCCGCGAGUCGAGGCAGGGAGGAGAGACUCGAGAAGUUCGAGCGCGACUUCAACCUCCGCUUCGGGACUCAGAGCACGAUCGCCAGUCGACACUCGGACCUGACCUCCUCGGGCUACGGAGGGAGACGCCGCUCGGCCUUCUCGCCCCCAGCAGGAGACAUUCCCGGGAGGAGCUCAGGCCCGUCGGCGAGGGAGGGGUCCUCCUCGCCCGACGGCCAGCGCUCGUCUCGGAGGAUCUGCGACGUCUUCAGCAAAAUCUUCCUGUUCUCGGCCUUCACGAUUUUCCUCAUCGGCUACUUCGUGUGGGCGCUUUGCUCCUACCGCUCCACAGCCAUGCAAACAUGCAGUCAAAAAUGUCAGGGUAUUACUGAGUUUCCUGGUGUAUCAGGGGAAAUUGGCAUUUUAGAGACACAGUGUGCAUGUGAUCCUAUUUUAGAAUUAUAUGUGGUGCUUGUCCAUGACAUCUCCGAAGCCUCCUGCGCUCCAGCGAACGUCACGGCUGAAUGCGUUCCUGACGCCUCCGAUUCCCUGAUCGUGACUUGGGAAGAGCCAAACCCCCUGGAGUGUGACGUCACCCACUACACCGUCAGCUGGCUACCCAUUCCCGGCAAGGACUCGUGGCAGCAGGAGGACACGAACGACACCCAGAUAACGCUCGGAGGACUCGACUUUUACCGAAGCUACAAUGUCUGUGUGGAAGCGCACACGAAUACCUCGGUUGCAGGAGCUGGCGACCUUGUGUGUGACGUUGGGACGACCGACAAACCGGAGUGCCCGGCGCAGGAGGCCGCCGCCAACGUCACGGUUUCGGAAGUGCCUCGUGAACCCCGGCAGCUGCACGUCGCCUGGGACAUCCCCGCCACCGCCACGUACUGCCCUAUCGACCACAUCCGGCUGACCUACAGAGAAAAGGAAAAUCUUACCACAGGCGGUCAUCAGCUUUCUGCAGAUGUCACGGAUUAUACCAUUGGGGAUUUGAGACCAUGCACCUUAUACGAAGUGUCUGUGAUUGCUGUGAUUAACGAGGCAGGUGUACAAGAUGAAACGUGGAAUGUUGGGGUCACUGGAGUUGAAAUUCCCGGUCCUCCAGGAAACGUAAUAGCUGACCUUGCAUUCAACAAGUCCGAUUCCCUUUACGUGACUUGGGAAGAACCAAACCCCCUGGAGUGUGACGUCACCUACUACACCGUCAGCUGUCAGCCCGUUUCCGGCUCGGUCCCGCUGCCACCGAAGGACACGAAUACCACUCAGAUGACGGUCACCGGACUCGACCCUUUCCGAAGCUACAACGUCUGCGUGGCGGCGAAUACGGACGCGGGCGCUGGCGAUCUCGCGUGUGAUAUUGGAACCACCGACGAGGCAGUCCCCGGGGCGCCCGUCAACCUCGCGGCGACCGCCACGACGCCGGAAUCCAUCCUGGUCAGCUGGGCGACCCCGGAAGACCCCAACGGCGUGAUCACCAACUACAGCGUCUCCUGGGAGUGCGCGGGCGGCAACUCUGCGAGCGCCGUCGUGGGCGCAGCGCCCUACAACAUCACGGGCCUCUCGCCGUGCUCCUCCUGCGCCGUGGCCGUGCGCGCCGCCACCGCCAAGGGCUUCGGCAACGCCACGGUGCUGGAGGCGACGUCCGGAAAAGCACCGCCGCCACAACCUCUAGAAGCGUCUUGCUCGAGUACCCCGCCCGCUGAACACAGCAUUGUUGUCACGUGGUCUGCUCCCAACACAUUCUGCAACGUGUCCGCGUACAACGUCACGUACAUCGGAGACGUCCUGUGGUCGGACGAGGAACAGGUCGGUACACUGCAGACUUCAGAGGAGAUGGCCAACUUGAGCAGCUUGACCUCCUGGACUAAGUACCACGUGUGCGUCGCGGGCAUCGUCUUGGACGACUUCGUGGGUGAACAGUCCUGCUGCGACGCCGUCACCCAGGAGGCAGCGUCCGGCCCCCCUGCCCUGUUCAACGUGUCGGGCACGAGCAGCAGCAGCAUCAGCGUGUUCUGGGAGGAACCGCGCGCGCAGAACGGGAAGAUCGACUUCUACCAGCUCCAGUUCGGCGGCGAGUCCGUGCAAGUGGAGAACGCGACGGAGUUCACCCUCACCGGCCUCGCCAAGAAUUCGAAAUAUAUUAUAAGCUUAAAGGCCCACAACGGGGCGGGCUUCGGCGAGGCGGCGACGACGACGGCGACGACGCAGAAGGCGGCCAACGUGGGUGCCAUCGUGGCGAGCGUGUUGAGCGGGCUGCUGAUCGUGGGCGUGGGCGUGGCUGCCUUCAUCUACAGGGACAAAUUGAGGAACGUGAUAGCCAGAAAGACCUCGAAAAGGGAACCGGUGCAAGAACACCCAUUGUCCACGACAUCCACAGCAGUUGGGAAAGAUCAGCUGAGGAGUUACAUUGAUGGCCUGCAGGAGGACACGCAGAGGGGCCUGGAGGAGGAGUUCGCUCGCCUGAAACAGCAGUGUCCGAAGCCGUCGACCUACGAUGCCGAGAUGGACGUCAACAAACCCAAAAAUCGCUUCAGCAACAUCCUGGCGUACGACCAUUCUCGGGUGAGGAUUUCAAAGAGAGAAGGCGCGGCGCAGUCGGACUACAUCAACGCCAAUUUCAUCAAGGACCACGCCGGGCGGCCGGGCUUCGUGGCGACGCAGGGCCCCACGGAAGACACCCUCGACGACUUCUGGCGGCUGGUGUGGGAGCAGAAGGUGUACACCAUCGUCAUGCUAACCAGCCUGAUGGAGAAGGGAAAGCUGAUGUGCACCAAAUACUGGCCGAACAAAGGGGACCGCCCUCUCCAGUGUGACAAUUUCCAAAUCCGAAACCUAGAGGAAGCCAAGGAGUCCCUUUACGUCUCUAGAAUGCUCGAAGUCAAUACAGGACACAAGAAGCGCAUCGUGAAGCACUACCACUUCCUCGCCUGGCCGGACUUCGGGACUCCGGACCUCGAGGAGGACCUGCUGGGCUUCAUCGCCACCGUGAGGGACUCCUCGACCGCCCGCCCCGUCGUCGUCCACUGCAGGGCUGGCGUGGGGAGGACAGGAACCUUCAUCGGACUCUGGAACCUGAUGGACGCCGUCGACGCCCGUCCUGAGUCCAACAUCGACGUCUAUCAGGCGGUGUUCAACAUGAGGAAGGAUCGGCCUAUAAUGGUCCAGUCCAUUGAUCAAUACUUAUACCUGUACAAAUGCAUUGCUACUUACAUCGAACAGCCAGAGAAGUGGUCCAACCAGGGUUCAGAUCACAUUUACGAGAAUAAAGGUUUUGAAGAUGCGAUCUAUGCGAAUGUUGAUUAACAGCAGCCGUCGGAGUCAUCUUCGCUG